AUCAAUUUAUUUCUCAGCUUCGGAGUAUACAUACUAUUCUGUCAUCAUGGGUUUCGGAGCUCCCGGUGGCGGUGCCGCCCCCAUGAAGCCUACGCCUCCCGAGCGUGGCAGCUUUCCUCUCGAUCAUGACGGUAGCGAAUGCAAGCACCUCAUCACCGACUACCUCAAGUGCCUGAAAUCGAGACGAGGUGUGAACGACGACGAGUGCCGGAAACUGGCCAAGUCGUAUCUGUCUUGUCGGAUGGACCACAAUCUUAUGGCACCGGACGAUUUCAAGAACCUCGGGUUGGUUUUCGAGAAGGAUAAGGCUACACCGAGUGGGGGUGCUGAGGGUGCGGAGAAGAAGGCAUAGUUUUCUCCUGCCGGACUUAUAUGCUAGAUAGCUUGGAGAGUUGUAUGAUAUUGGGGGAUGGCAUGGCCUCUGUAUAAAUAGGGUACUAUUGUGUGCGAUGAUUGAUGAUGGAUGGAUAGAUACUACUUCUCCAUUUCCGGCGUUGGGAUUGCGGUUCUGUAUAUAGCUUGUGUAUCAUACCUAACUUUGAUGUGCAUUCAUUUCAAGUAUACCUGG